AAUUUUAUAAAAGAACGAGCAUUUCCACCCGUCCGCUCUACGCUGCGGAUUGUUUGACAGCAAAUCGUCCGCUUCCGUUAGCGGAUGAUCUGCCCAAGGUAGCGCAUUGGUGAAAAUGGACUUGGAGCGGAAAAUGUAGGUGGACGCUGUCGGACGCUUUCCGUCGUAGGUCGCUCACGACUCACGGCAGUGGAAAUCCAGCUUAACAUUGUUCAUUGCGUUAUUCAUUUUAUAAAAGUCAAUUCAUAUUUGUAAAAUGCGUGGUUUAUCGGUCUUCAUCAGAGUUAUCUACGCCUCCCAAUUGUUGUGCACAGCAUUGCCCCUUGCAUCCACGCGAGUGCCAUCAAUCCAGCGUUCCUUCAGGGCCGACUCCGGGAUGAGGAUCGGGAGGUUUGUGACCUCGUCCAAGGAUGCCAUAUGCGGGAAGGGAGGAAUUAUUCCUGGGCUGUCGUCAGGAACUAUUUCGAAAAGCUUCACACCAUCCCUCACAUACUGCUCUGCUUUUUGGUGGAGACCCAAUCCAUGGACGAGAGCGGCAUCCGGGUCAGAGAUGAUCCACGGCUGUUGAAAAUGAAAAAAAAAAUGAAAAUAAUCCUUUAACGUCAUUAGAUAUCAGAUUAACUCAUCUGGUUUUCAAUCCGUGACGAUUCCUUCUCACCAUAUAUCUCUGGCGAUGAGUUAGAUCUUCUCACAGAGAACGGACUCUGUGAGGGCUCCCCUUUCUGGCAUUGCCAGACCGUCUGGCCGGGUUCACCCAACCAUGAGAGGAGCACCCACCCCGUACUAACACCGAGCCGAGUAGGAUUAGCAAAUAGCUUCCCGGACAGAGAGGAAUCGAACGUGUGACUGCGUGGUGACAGUUCCACCCCCGAUCCCCCAAGCCAAAGGGCUAUUCCGUUGAUGUUCCGUUCUGUUGAUCAUUUGGGUAGGCUGCAUUCCAGGUGACGAGGUAAUACUGCGAGAAAAAAAAUAAUUUGUUUGUACAGAGCAAAAAUUCAACACAUAUACUUCCUUACCAUCACAAAUGCCUCGGCCUGCUGGGCGGUAGCCUUAUCGUCACAAACUAUGGCUCUAAGUUCCAAACAGACGACAGAAUUCUCCAGAUUUCCGUCUGAUUUGACCUUCAACAGGGACUUGAUUUUAUCCCACACUUUGCUGAUAGCCCAUUUUUUGAAGUGACCACAACGCAUGCAAAUUAGCCCGUCGUGGGAAGUCCAGUACCCGGGGUACAAGUGUGGGCUGUUUCCAGGUUUGUCAUAGAUUUCGGACCAUGGCACAUCUCCAUUUCGACACGGUUUGACGUCCAAAGACGUUGUGAAAAUAUCAGCUAGGUAGAAGAUGUAGUGAUGGGGCGUCUCCGCGCGUUUCUGGGCCAUUAACUCCCUGGCCAUCUCAUGAUGUUCUGGGGCAGCGUUACGGAUGCGGUUGGAUUCCAUACAAAUGGUCGAGCCGUUGCUCUUCCAUUUUUUCCGAACAUCUGACGCCAAGGACUCAUUCCUUCCAUUGGGGCGUUCGAAAUGGAAUCCAAGCUCAUUUGAAAAUACUAUGUUCUGAAAAUUCCUGCGAAGGCCCGCAGCCCGUCCUAAACGGAUUAGUUCGGCACGAUCAUUCAAAGGGCUGUCUCUCCAGGAAGUUCCUCAGAUUGUCCUCGUGUUGGAGUUUCGCCAAUUUCUUGAGGUCAGGAACGACUUCGACCCCCGAUGAUGAGCCCUAUUUAAACAAAUUGAGGUCUUAGCAGAGCCUUAAAUUAAUAUAAUUGCACUAAAACCAACCUGAACUGGGGAUCCCAUUUCUUGUUCUGAAGAAUUCGACGAACUCAGCUCGACAUCGACCUUUUCAGGGAGUCCACGAGACAGCUCCCAAUCUUCCUCGUACUGUCGAAAUGUUGAAAUUUCUUCCGCCCUAAUACACAAUAACAAUAGUAUUAUAAUUAAUCUCAGCGAUGACCCAUGUUGAAGGAAAGUAAAUUAUUAUUAGAAACAAACCUAGCAAUAGCCUCCGCUUCGUCAAAAGUCGCCAACAUGUCAUCGUUUCCGUCAUCUUCGCUCGAAAUCCUGAAAACAAUAAUAUUAUAAUUAAUCCCGGCGAUGACCAAUAUUGGAAAGCAAAUUAUUAUUCGAAACAAACCUGGUGACAGCUUCCGCCUCGUCAAAACUGGCCGACAUUUCUUCCGUCUCGUCAUCGCUUGAGAUCCUAAAAACAAUAAAACUAAGAAUAAUUAUUUCCCAGUUAGAUGGCCUUAAGUACAGGGAAAAUUAAUUACACAAUUAUUUACAACUUACUCGAUAAGUGGGAUCGACGAAGAAGGGGUAGGAGAAGGAGGUAUCCACUUGGGCCACUUCUCACCGUUUUCGUCAAUGAAAUAUCCCUUAACCUUUCCGGGAGGAGCCUUUAUCUUCCGUUUCCCCAUGAUGAGACAAAAAUAAUAAUUGCAAUCGAGAUUUGAGUGUAAAUAAAUCCUGUGAAGGCCUACUAAUUUAAUUUUUCAAACAAAUAAAUUCCUCGAGAGAGCUCAGAGUUGUGCGCAGAAGUGGAGUGUGUGUUUGUUUGCAGUUUCGUUGACAAAGCGUCACACUCCAUGAGAAUGCCCAUCGAGUGGUGAGAAAGUGGCACUCGCGGGAAGGGAGAAUAAAUACAUGUAAACCUGAGUUGAGUACAAAAAUAUUCUCCACUUUGUUUUUUUUACACUAUUCCAACCAAUUAAUUACUCGAAGAAACAUGAGUCGAUUUGGUCUUCUCAGAGAGGAAUUUGCACAGAUUCGGUCGUAUCUAAGACGUCCAGCGUCGAGGGGGAGGAGCAGCAACAUCCAGGGAUGGCUUACUUGGUUCCUUCAGGCCACCCACGCGACCCCAUCGGAAUUCGAGGCCAUAGCUGGGAUAAUGUUUCGUAAUCGGUUGGGGGAGAGGACAUUUCUCGGACCUCUUCCAAUGGCGCUCUUCCCGCGAGGGCCUAAUGAUGCGGUGGUCACGUGGGCUAACGCACUUAUCCCCGUGGAGGGCUUUCGACAAGGGAUUGUGGAUUUCGUGACAUACUUGUUGAGAAAUUUAUCCCUCAAUUCUGUUGAACACCGAGAGGUCCUCCACCGGAUUCAAAGCCAACGGGCGAAAGUUGAUCCGGCCUUCCGGUGGGGAACGGACUCACGUCGGACCAUGAAGAAGGAAGUUGUCCCUGUGAAGAUCCUCAUGGACAUUGAGUCAGGUCAGCUCGCUCGCGGGGUAAACAUCCCAUUUGUUGACCAAAUUGUUGCUGACCUCCAACAACAACACGUUGGACCCGGUGACGGUCAAUUGGUUCAUUUGGGCAUGAUGAGAGAACGCGGCAUGGAAGCAGGUCUGCCGGUUGCACCAAUUCUGGUCGCUGACCAGCAAUACUCUGAAGAAAGUGAGGGUGAGGCUCUCGCGGAGGUAGUUUCUCCACCCCCAGUGAUGGCCGACGAGGCCCGUAUUGAGCCCAUCCCAGAGGAAGUGAUCAAUCCUCCUCAGGAGGAGGAGGAGGAAAUAUUUGGAUUAGGAUCGUGUGUGGGCUUUUGUUUGGUCGUGGGCGUCCUGGUUGUCUCAUCAGGUCUGGUGGGGCCGAAUGGGCGUCACGGUCCUCAGGGCCAAAUGGGUCGUACCACUCACGAACUAACCAAGCCUACGGGGGGGGGUAGCCAGAAGAGAGCACGACGGGCACGGGGAGGAUGUAAUUUGUCUCUCGCUUGGCAAAUGUACGCUAUCGAAAUACCGUCUUUAUUUCCACUCCGACUUUUAUUAUGCACCAAACUGUACUAAACUGCAACUGGUACGAUUCAAUGUACGAAUUUCAUUGAUUAUGACCAAAACACACUGUUCGAUAUAGGUACACUCAAUAUUUUCACUUGACAAUAGUUAUUGGGUUUUUAUUACUCACAAUUCGAAAUCAAUUACUUGGUUAAAUGAAUUUAUGAUGAUAUUUUAUAAGAGAAUAAAUAUU